AUGGCAGAGUCAUCUUCGUAUCCUUCUGGCGAGAUCUCCCAAUCACCUGUUAUUACUGUCGUUGCCAUUGAGGAUGGACUAGACGAGCCCAAGAGCUUUUACAUCCACCAAUCACUCUUGCGUAACAAGUCUCGCUACUUCAGCAAAGCCCUCGAUUCAUGCCAGAAUGCCACUCCUGAAUCCCACGUCAUCACCACGACGUUCGCGGAUUGGCAGUUCCAAUACUUUGUAAACUGGCUCUACUACGGAGAAAGUCGGGACUCGUCGAAUGUAGUUUGUUGGGAGUUCUGCGGACUCUGGGGACUUGCCACUGAGCUAGAAGCUCCCUUAUUCCAGAACGCUAUCGUGGACUGGUGCCAAGGUCUCAAGUUUGACAAAUGCUUCAUUCAUAUGUUCUACGAUUUCGACGACGGCAACCAUGACAGAACGAAGUUAGCGACUUACAUACGCAACAAGGUGGGCUACGAGAUUGUCGCUCAUGGAUGGACCAGGUUCAUUGAGACUGCUGAAAGUCUCUGGGAAGACAUAACUAGAACAUCUUUCUUGCAUCCCGGGCUCCCGCUCCUCCUUCGACUCAUGGCCGAGGUCGACAUCGCAACUGAGUUAUUGAAAACUGUAAAACUUUCGGACCCGGCAGAAACCAAGGAUUGCAGUUUCCAUACGCACACGGAUGAGGACAAGAAGCAAUGUCCCCGAUACAAGAGCAGCGAGUGA